UGAACUGUCAAAUGAACAAUUUCUACCGUAGAUUUUCUUAUGUCAUCUAUGAUUUGUUUCAAUUGAAGAAUAAAAAAUAGGAUCGAAACAGUUUGUGAUAAUUAUAAUGCAAUUAGCAAUUACCGUGAUAAAAUUUGUUCGUUGCAGGACCAAUAAAUGCAUUGUUAUUCAGCAACAUAAACGAUUUGUUGUUUAACUCAAAUGAUGGUAAUUCAAAAUCAAUAUAGAUAUAAGUCUAUAAGAAAAUUAGAAGGAAUAAUUACCAAGGAUGUCUGAUACAGGCAAUAGUAAUUCUGAUCAUUACAGGACUGGUUUGAAUGAUAAUGCAGAUAUUCCUGCUGAAAUAAACCUUGAAAAUAAUAUCGUUCCUGGAGGAGCAAUUGUCAACAAUAUAAACAGAACUCGGAAUAAUAAUAAUCAGAAUCCGUUAUUUAAUGUUCGUGAUAGGCUUUUCCAUGCCUUAUUCUUCAGAGCUGCUUUGGCUUAUGCUCAAAUGCUGCCAAAGCCAGUUCGAAGAUUUAUUGAAUUUUUUAUACUAUUAAAAGCGCUGACGGCGUUUUUUAUUUUGGUUUACAUUCAUGUUGCAUUCUCAAGACAUCCUGCGACAUGUUUAGAAUCUGUACGGGCUGACUGGCCAAGAGAUGGUAUUUUACGGGUUGAAAUAAUUCGUGGAGAUAUGAGUAGUCAAAAAGCUUAUAAUGAACAAAAGGAGACUGAACUGGCUAUUAAUGGUGUUAAUUCCAUCCAGGAAUCUUCAACAAAAGUUGAUCGGGAGCAAAAUUCACAUAGUGCAUUUAUAUCUCACUCAGAUAAUGCUUCUAAGAUUAGACAAGCACCAUAUUUUUACAAUAUAAUAGUUGCAAGAUCAACUAUAAAUCCAGAUUUACCUACUAGUGAGUUAACAGAGGAUGGAGCUAAUGAAGGAAUUAUGCAAACUUUAUUAGCAAAUGAAACUAUGGGUCAUUUUGGGAAACAUGACGAAGUUAUUGACAAUUCGCCAUUAACAAAUGAAAAUCCUUCAUUGCACAUUGUGACAAAAAAUGACUGGCCAGAGGAUCAAUACAUAGUAGAGUAUUCUUUGGAAUAUGGAUUUUUGAGAUUGAGCACAGCCGCCCGACAACGUCUAGGAGUGCCAGUUAAACGCGUAUUACUUGAUCCUGUCAAUGACCAAUGUUUUGGUGACGCUUUCAGUAGGAUAUUGCUGGAAGAAUUUCUUGGUUAUGAUGAUUUGCUGAUGGCCAGUGUUAAGGCACUUGCCGAACAUGAAGAUAAUAAAGGAUAUUUAAGAAAUGUAGUCACUGGAGAGCACUAUAGAUUUGUAAGCAUGUGGAUGGGAAGAUCAGCAUAUCUAGCAGCAUUUUUUAUAAUGCUUGUCUUUACCGUAUCUAUAUCAAUGUUAUUGCGAUAUUCUCAUCACCAGAUAUUUGUAUUUAUUGUUGACCUUCUACAAAUGUUGGAGUUCAAUGUGUCCGUAACAUUUCCGGCUGCUCCAUUGCUUACAGUUAUUUUAGCUCUUGUUGGAAUGGAGGCAGUUAUGUCUGAAUUCUUUAAUGACACUACAACGGCAUUUUACAUAAUCCUCAUUGUUUGGGUAGCCGACCAGUAUGAUGCUAUAUGCUGUCAUACAUCUGUAACUAAACGACAUUGGCUUAGAUUUUUCUACUUGUAUCACUUCUCGUUCUAUGCUUAUCACUAUAGAUUUAAUGGGCAAUACAGUAGUUUGGCACUCAUCACAUCGUGGUUAUUUAUACAGCACUCGAUGGUGUAUUUCUUUCACCAUUACGAAUUGCCCGUGAUAAUGCAGCAGUCUCAGUUGCGCCAGAUCUUAUUGAACACGCGCGCCCAUCGCGGCGUGCCGACGCCGGCAGCCCACGCUGCGGCCAACUCAGGGAUCGUCUCUCAGCUAGCGAUGGGAGCGACUGACCCGCAGGCAGACGCCCCGCGCGCCGAGAGGCGCAGCUCGCUGGUCGAAGGUAUCACUUCGACAGAUGCUCAUUCCGGUAGAGAAUAAACGAUACGGGAGGUUGAUUAUGUUAUUUAAAUUUUUAAUUGUGCAAAGUACAUUUUCAAAUGAUAUCACGGAUAUAUGUGUAUACAUAUGCACGCUUAAACAUGUAUUUAUUACGUUAGUUUUUCAUACUUUCUAAUAAUAAUUCAUUAAUUCGAGAAGAAAAGGUUUUUUUUUUCAUCAAUAUCAAGGCGUCUGGACUCCAGUAAGUAUAUUUAUUACUGUUAGUGAUUUAUUUUGAC